CCCUGCUUUACCUCACUGUGUAUAUAACCCACCCUCUCUCUGGCUGGUGUUCACCCCGCCCUUCAGCACGUUCCCGUCUUCAUUGAUCCGAAACACCACGAGAUUGGAUCUCUUCCAAAGAACGAUACUGCCGUGGGAUAGUUUUGAACGACGUCGACAGUUCUACUUGCUUGGUAUCGGCCUCGGUCUUGCAGCCUUCUUGUAUCCUAUUCCCAGACUCCUGCUUGCAAAAGGUGCUGACCGUGACGUUGACGUUCCGAGGACUUGGCUACAGCACUACAGCUGGACAAUUCCUGAUACUAGACGUCCUUCGGCUCUUCUUUGAUCGAUCUAGCCCUCUAUCCGUCUGUCAUCUAACCCUACAUCGCUCAGCAGUCGCCUGCCUCCCUCACACAGUGGCAGAUCAUUCUACGCCCUCCAUCAAAGCAAACAAUUGACACAAACAAUUGCUUCCUCCCUUCAAGAAAACCAAACCCGGCCGAUCGAUCGAUCCAUUCACCACGUACAGUGGCACACCUUUCUCCUGAUCCAAUCAAGGUACACUGUGUCCCGGGACCAAGUCUAAACGAGAAAGCCACAAAGAGCAGACCUCACAAAAUCCAAAGGAGGGAUUUGAUUCAUCGUUCCAAAAGGACCAAUCACCAGUAUCAACAUGUUCUUCAAACAGUCCGGAUACAAGCCCCGUCCCCGGACGGGCAGCAGCUCAUCGCAGGGAUCGAACUCGGGCAGCUCUGGGAGUCCGCCUAAAGAAGAAAACAAGAUGGCUGCGGCGGCGAACACCAGAGAUAUUGAUACUGCCGCUGCGAAUAUUGCCAACAGUGGUACUGCUGCUGGUGCUGGUGUUGGUGCUGCGAACACUAGUACUGCUGGGACUGGAACAAGUGGAGCUGGAGCCGGUCGUCGGAGGACCUCCUCAUCCUCCUCCUCGUCAUCCGACAAAUUCGCCUCCCUCACCGCUUUUCGGAACGAACAGUCCGAACGUCGGGCCAGUUGGGCCGAUCAGAAGCCCGGACAGCCGGGGAUUUUGGGGGGAAUGUGGUCGUCUUUUACGAAGGGGAACUAAAAUUGAAUGAAUCUACCCCGAAUGAGCGUGGCAGCUAUGAGAGCGCGUGUGGAAGGGUCGAAAAUUGCCUGACACAGUGGGGACCUUUGAAUUGAAAUGUCUGAGCAGUUGUUCACAGCCUUUACUGAAUUUCCAGCUGGUUCAAAAGUACACGAUCUAUCGUAGACCAGAAUGCGCAGUGCAGUGGAC